CAGCUGAUCCAACUGAACUCUCCCGUCAGAAACGGCGUCUUCGCUGCAGAGGAGAGCGGCUGGUGGAGCUCCUCAUUGACUUCCGCUUAUCUAAAAUUGGUAACUUUAUGAAUUAGCUAACAAAUACGAAUUACACGUAAGUUUUUGUUUUCCCAAAACUUAGCGGUUUUUAGCCUGAAUGCUAUCGUUAAUUAAGCCGGGUAGCGUUCGUGCAAGCAGCUAGUGGACGUGUGGCUGGUUCACAUGUCAUGGUCUGUGGUGCUUUAUAACAACAAAGAAGACGCAGAGAUGGAAGACAGCGAUGGAGAGGACACAGUGGAAACACCCGAGCUGCCUGUGGAGGUCAUAGUUUACAUCCUGGGCUUCCUUCACGCCUCAGACAGGAAGGAGGCCUCGCAGGUCUGCCGCAGCUGGUACGCCGCCAGCCAGGACCUGCGCUUUCAGAAGAACGUCACCUUCUGCUUCCCGGCGUCGGCCUCCUCCCUGGAGCUGGUGAGGAGCCUGAGCAGGAGGUCGCGCUGCAGUCUGAUCAUCCGGCAGCUCGACGGCUUCAGCAUGUCCAGAUCACUGCUUCUGGAGGUGGGCCUGUGUCUGGGCUCUAAGCUGGACAGCCUGUCUCUGCCUGGCAGCAGCAUCACAGAGGCCUCUCUGCUCACCCUCCUCCCCCGACUCACCUCCCUGCGGAGGCUGGACCUGCGCGGCCUCGACAGCCUCUUCAUGUCCGGCGCCUUCCUCUCCAGAGAGGAGCACAGACAGCAGGUUAGGUCCGCUCUGUGUGGUCUGGAGGAACUGGACCUGUCGGACCUGCGCUACCUGUCCGACCUCACCCUCAAUCGCCUCACCGGCUGCACCCCGCGCCUCCGCCGCCUGUCGCUGGCCGGCUGCCACAUCGCUUUCGAGUUCGACCCGUACCUGGGGUGCCCGGUGGGAGCCGUCGAAAACUCGUCGUCGCUGCUGUCGCUGAGGAACCUGAGGAGGUUGCUGACGCAGCAGAAGUCCACCCUCGUGGCCCUGGACCUCAGCAGAACCGCCAUCACCCCCGAGUCGCUGCGCACCGUCGCACAGGUUCCAGAUCUGGUCCUAGAGGAGCUGUCGCUGCAUGGCUGCAGGGAGCUCACCGACUACUCGGUGGAGAUUCUGGUGAAGCACCAGCCCAGUCUGCAGAGACUGGACAUCAGUGCCUGCACCGAGCUGACCAGCAGGUCUGUGGAGGCCGUAGCACGGGGCCUCGGCUCCCUCACACACCUGUCCUUGUCCCGGGACUGGAGGAUGACUGAUAAAGGCUUCGCUGACCUGCUGUCUGCGCCGUCGCUCACCAGUCUGGAUCUGUCCGAGUGUUUGCACAUCAGCGGAGCGGAGGUCGUGAAGGGCCUGACGGGGUGCGGUGCUGCCAAGGCUCCGCUGGAGAGGCUCAUCCUCAGGAGCUGCACCUACAUAAGGGAUCUUUCUGUGUUUUCUCUCGCCAAGCUUCUUGGGGCCACUCUGUGUGAGCUGGACCUCACCUCAUGCGACAGCGUGACCGACCUGUCAGUGUGCGCUAUCGCCACCUACCUGCAGAAGCUGGUAGUUCUGCGGCUUGGCUGGUGUAAAGAAGUUACAGACUGGGGUCUGCUGGGGAUGGUGGAAACAACCAAGUGCGAUCCUGACGACGAUGAAGUGGGAGACAAAGGCCCUCGGUUCACGAGGACCUUUGGCAACAUGGGCUUCUUCAAGCCUCCUCGCCUGCCGUUUGAGGAGCGGCCCAAGCUGGUGACGCAGAACGACCUGGAGCUGUUCAGACAGCAGGCUGGAGCCUCACUGCUGGCGCUCAACAGGCUGCAGGAGCUGGACCUCACUGCCUGCUCCAAGCUCACCGACAGCAGCAUCUCACAGGUGGUGCGCUUCAAAGACCUCCAGCGUCUGUCUCUGUCCACGCUGCCGGAGAUCAGCGACGCCAGCCUGGCGGCCGUAGCCCGGCACUGCCGGAGCCUCACCAGCCUGGCGCUCAGCCACUGCCCCGGCAUCACCGACGAAGGCGUGGCCCAGGCGGCGCCGUGCCUCCGCAGGCUGCAGCAUCUCUACCUCUCCUGCUGUCAUAGCAUCACUGACAGGUCGUUGUUCCUCCUGGCACGGCACUGUAAGCGCCUGAGAACACUCGACAUCUCAAGGUGCCAAAACAUCUCCAUGACAACGGCAGAUCUCCUUCAAUCACAGCUGCCCUUUUUGGAAAACGUCCACUACAAAUUCAUAGGUGGGGCCGAUUUUACUGUGUCUCUCUGAGUGGCUGAAUGCACUGCCUGAUCUGUGGAACAACACAACCCGGUGACCACAGCCUGCACCAUGAGCUCUGGCUUAUUUCAGCCUUUUGCACAAGAACUGAUAGAAAUGUUGAAUAGUCAGUUGUACAGCCUGUAGUGAUUGAAGUGAUCUUUGGAUUGAGUUGUUUUGGUACGAGGCAGAUAUACGCUGCAAAAAGCACAUAGUUCGGCUUGCGUAGCUAAUUUGUAAGUGUGAACCCAAACAGUCAAAACACUCUGAGAAUCACAUACUGUAUGAAAAUCACCCUCCUCAAUAUUCAGGGGCGAAGGUUUGAUUGUAUGUUCAGUUAGGACUUCAUCAACACAGACACUGACAUGAUAUAAAAGAAGUGUUUCAUGCGUUGGACUGAAAUUCAAAGGCUGUUAUAUGAAGUUUGUUAGAAUGAGAAUUAGAAAGGGAAGGAUGAGCUCCACAUAAGGUUCACUAUAGGAAAUGAAUUUGUUAUAUUAACAAGGUGCUUCACAGGUGUCUCAAAGUACUUUUGUAUGUUUUUGAAACUGUUUUUGGGUUUAGGUUCAUUCUUGAUAAUACAUAAGAAUUUAAAUAUACAUUUAGGAUUUUUGAACUUAAGAUGACAGAUGAUGGCACAAUGUAGUGGUGCCUCACAGAUUCCAGGGUCGUCCCAGUGCCUUUUAUAUGUGGAGCUGACACGUUUUUCCAGUGUCUCUGGAGGUUUUCUCUGGGUUCCAUCAUCCAAAAGACAUGCAGUCAGGUUGACUGGACACUCUAAACUGUGUGAGUGCGAGAGUCAUUUCUGUUUCCUGUUUCUGCUUCAUCUGAGGUAACAAUGACUGAAACUGUUUUCCUGCUCAAGAUAAUAUCAUGUUCAUGAUACAAGACAAAUACUCUCAAAUGGGCUAAAAAUGUGUUGCUUUAGUUUGUGCCUGUCUCCAAAUGUUGUUAAUGCUUUGAAAAAAGAAAAAAUAAUUAUAAUAAUACUUUUUAUUCAUAAUAAACUAACAUUCAGACACUUUGCUGUAUGUAAAUAAG